GCCCACCUGAUCUGUCAAGUCGGGUCACGUGACCGAGCCCUGCACGCCGCCAUUUUGGAACGCCUGAGAGGAGAGAGAAGUGUGAUGGACGAUAAGGAAAGUGGGAUUCCGAUGUCAAGCGUGGAUGUUGGUUCAGACGACCGCGUGACUCCAGAUGCAAGGAUCCAUACCAAGCCAGAGAUGAAACAGAAGUGUAACGACCCUUUGAUUAGCGUGAUCCAGAAGCUGACCGCCAUGGUAAAGGGCGAGGAGACCGCUAGGGCCCUUGAAGGGAAAAAGCGUUCCUACCCAGUAGAAGAGGAAGAAGUGCAGUCAGUGUCCAAAAUGGCGGACCUACCUGAAGUCGGCUCCAAGAGGGUCAAGGAGGAGACUACAACCAACACGACUGAGAGCCCUUCACAGAGCAGCAGGAAAGUCAUGUUCUACCAGUGCAGCCUUUGCAAGUUUGUGUCUCCUUCUUUUGAAACGCUUGCAGCCCAUGUGAAAAGUCACGGACAGCAGAAUGAAAUAAUCUUAAUGUGCUCAGAGUGCCACAUGACUUUUAAAUCCCACAGCGAGCUGGAAGCUCACAUUAAAACGCACUGUGAAAUGGAGGUCGCCGCACCUUCGCAGGGUAAAGACCAGCCACAAGAAGAUAAGCCGCUCAGUCCAAAAGCCCUCGAGCCAGCAAGAAAAAAAUGGUACGCCUACGAAGCUUACGGCCUUUACCGCUGCCUGAUCUGUCGCUAUACCUGCGGCCAACAGCGAAUGUUGAAAACGCACGCUUGGAAGCACGCUGGGGAGGUGGACUGCUCCUACCCCAUAUUUGAGGAAGAGAACGAGUCUGCCAGCUUACCGGAUUCCACCGUUGCGCACACGCCUCAAGGAAGCGAGUCGGUGCUGUCUGAAAACGCUGACCUCCAACAGCAUGAGCAGAGCUCCGGCGCUCAGGAACAAAGCGUGGUGCCGAAAGACGUUCCAAUAAAGGAGGUGGAAACGCUAAGCCAAUCGGCCGCUCCCUUGACGGAAGUAAUCGUAGUUGAUGAUGCCACACCAGAGUCCGAUCAGGAUAGCUUUCUGAGAGAGAGCCUGCUCUCGUCCGCUCAGAAAAUAAUCAGCUGUAGCCAAAACACAAAGGGCCACGUGAAUGUGAUUGUAGAACGCCUGCCAAGUGCCGAGGAAAACGGUUCACCCAAACCUUUUCUGUUGAAUGCAGACGAUGAAAUCGAAAAGAAACUCGAUUCCCACCUCGGUGCGUCUGUCGAGCUUGAAAACGUUGUAGAAAGCGAAGAAAUUAUUAUCGGGUGGAGUAACCCUGUUAAGAACGGCUCGGAUUUUGGCGUUACCGAUGAGAAUUCACCUCCGGUACGGAGGAGGACCAACUCGGAGUGUUUGAGGCUUCAUUCAUUGGCUGCUGAGGCACUGGUGACCAUGCCUAUCCAAAUAGUGGAAUGUCCCAAAUCCAGCCUACGGCUUAUCCACGAUCCUGAUCCCAUUGAUCCAGACACCGGGCAGAGAGACGCUGACCAGACCCACGGCACUUGUCCAAAGGUGGAAUCCUCCAAGGUCCCCGAGGAGCUAAACCAGAAAAGCGAACUGACUCAGAUCCCAAUGAAAGCGGGGAUUAGCACGUCUUUGCUGAAAGUGAUUGAGAAACUAAGGGAAAGGACUGAUCAGAAUGCCACAGAUGACGACAUUCUGAAAGAGUUGCAGGACAAUGCCCAGAGCGAGAAUGCCAGCGACCUUGGCUCCGGCAAUGGCCUUGUGGAGUACUUACCUCGCGCUGAACGCCCUUUCCGAUGCCGCCUGUGCCAUUACACCAGUGACAAUAAAGGUUACAUUAAGCAGCACUUGCGUGUUCAUCGGCAGAGACAGCCCUACCAGUGCCCGAUUUGCGACCACAUAGCGGAAAACAGCGGCGACCUGGAGAACCACAUGAUCAAUCAUUGCAAGGCGAUCAAAUACGAGUGCAAGAAUUGUAAUGAAUCCUUUUAUUACAAGAGCCAGUUGAGGACUCAUGAGAGGGAGCACCGGAAACUUCUAGACUCGGGAUCUUCUGCCAGUGACGACGCACAGCUCUGCACAGAGGAGACAGAAGAGAGCUUUUCCCUGGAAGGUGGUAACAAAUCCAGCAUGACAAAAGUAUAUCGGUGUGAUGUGUGCAGCUACACUAGUCCUACAUACGUUGGUGUUCGCAAUCACAUAAGAAUUCAUACUUCUGAUAAGCCUUAUAGGUGUUCGCUGUGUGGCUAUGUUUGCAGUCACCCUCCAUCCCUAAAAUCACACAUGUGGAAGCAUGCCAGUGAUCAGAAUUACAACUAUGAGCAAGUAAACAAAGCCAUCAACGAGGCAAUGUCACAGAGCACUCGGCUCCAGCAAGACCCUUUGAAAAAGCAGACACCGGAAGAUUUCUCCACAGCAGUGGACAGCGACCCUCCCAUUUCUGCGAGUCGUCCAGCGGCAGAAGCAAGUUACGUUGAGAACCAAAGCGCCAGCCUGUCACAAGGCGGCUCGUGCAGCGCCGAAAAACUACAAGGCCAGAUGAGGCCCGACACCGAGCUGUGCGUUCUGCUAUUUUGCUGUUGCAUUUGCGGGUUCGAGUCCACCAGUAAGGAACUUCUGAUGGAACACAUGAAGGCACACGAGGGAGAGAUCAUCAACAUCAUAUUGAAUAAGUCCGAAUCCACAUCCUGAAUCUGGAGCUCUGCAACGCCGAAAAACCUUGAGAUCCAGAUGUCUUGUGGAGUCUGUUAACUUAUUAUUUUUCUUUAAGUAAAGGGCACGCACUCUAGAAAAAAAGGUACCAUUUGUCACAAGGAAUAGAUUAUAUAAGCACUUCAUUUUUUUGGCCAAACCAGCUUUUAUUACUUAUUAGAGUAUAUCCAGACAACAAGUAAAAGUCACUGCCAAUUGAUGUUUAGGAGUCACGACUUUGACUUCUCAGUCUGGCUCGGAUGUCGUCGUCCUUCUGGUUUAAAAUUACAGCCUCUUGUCACAUGAUGCUGUGCAACGUCUCCAGCUCCGAUGUGCGUAGGUAAUGCUUAGGGCGAGGCUUGAGCUGGAACCAGCGAGCGCACUGGUCUGUAUUUUCACAGGCUUGGCAUCCACAAAGCACUUACAGAUUCUGUAGUUCACAUGCAGAUUAGGUUGGUGGUAAAAGAUGAAACUUUGAGUCCUUUUUGCUCAGACGGCGUCUUCAGAGUCCAUUUACAUGGAACAAAUGAUCGCAUUUGGUUGGAACAUUUAUUUUAAAAUUCUCUGUUGGCCCUAAAAGGUGUUUUUUUUUUUUUUUUUUUUUUUGGAUGAGUUGGAGAGAGCGCUAUUUUUGUUUCCGUUAUUUAAGGACGAGAUGUUUGCAGGCAAAACUUGUUUGAGGGAAUGAAAUAAUUUUAUUUUUUUGCUAUUUUGCCGAGUAGUUUUGUAGUAGCUGAGCUUGGUGUGUAACUUUAUUUUUUUUUUAUACAUUUAGAAGGUUAUUGAUAAAUAAUACAAGUGAGAUAUCGUAAUGGAAAAACA